CUUGGAGAGCCGUCCUGAUGCUGACUUAACGAUGCAGGUUUCUGGGUCUGGAAAUAUACAAGGACGGUGACGUCUACAGUCUCAGUCUUGCGCAGAACAUCGAGAACUUGAUCUCACGUCUCGGUUUAACUGAGGCAAAAACAGCGAGAACGCCAAUGGACGUGGGAUACAUUAAGGAUGAAUCAGAAAGCAGACCACUGGGAGACAGCACCAAGUUCAGGAGUGCUGUUGGCGGCCUUUUGUACAUAGCUGUGUGCGCCCGCCCAGACAUUGCGGCCAGUACAGCUAUACUAGGGAGGCGAUUCAGCUCUCCCACGGAAGCUGAUUGGACAGCCGUCAAAAGAGUAGUCCGCUAUCUCAAGGCUACGAAGAAUUGGCGACUGAGGCUCGGAAAUGAGAAUCAAGAUGGUUUGCUUGCGUUUUCGGAUUCCGAUUGGGCCGGAGACAAGUCGACUAGAAAAUCAACAACGGGAUAUGUCAUCUACCUGAAUGGUGCGGCUGUGUCUUGGGCUAGUCGUCGUCAAGACUGUGUCACACUUUCAACAACGGAAGCUGAGUAUGUGGCGUUAACGGAGACAUGCCAGGAAAUAGUUUGGCUCCGGCGGCUGCUUGAAGAUCUUGGAGAAACGCCCACACAACCAACGUUAGUCAUGGAAGACAAUCAAGGUUGCAUAAGUUUCGCAACCUCAGAGAGAUGCAGCAAAAGAUCCAAGCACAUAGAAACUAAACGUCAUUUUGUAAAAGACCUUUGUGCUAACGGUGUGGUGAGGCUUAACUACUGUCCAACCGAGAACAUGGAUGCCGACGUUCUAACGAAACCAGUCGGACCAGUCAAGCAUCAAUAUUUCGCACGGCGUUUGGGGCUAUGUUGCAGUGAAGCUGAAAUUGAGGAGGAGUGUUGAGGAAUGCUAGCAAUUGUCGCUUCUUAGCAACAUCGCCAUCGAAGUUACAGUGAGUGUUUUUAAGUGCUCUUUUAUUUCUUUCCGUGCACUCGCAAUGCUACCAACAUAAAUGUCAAGACCUUCAUCCGCUAUAUUUUUCAUUCUUCAAGUACCUUUGUAUACUGAACACGUUUAAAUAAAUCUUUAGUUGUAA